AUGUGGGAUUCAUAUUUUAAGAGUGCUUCUUACGUUUUAUCAUGUGAUAAAGGAGUUUUGGGAUAGGUUCUUGGGGGUAAAGAUUUGAGGCAAGUUUUUUUAGCGACUGUUUUUGUUCUUGAUAUGAUAGUUUAAAUUGAGAAUAAUAAUUAAUUUGUAAAAUAUUCAAACUUUGGGAUGAAUAAAAUUUAUAGUCAAUAUAAUCUUGAGAGAUUACGAUUGCAAUAAUCUGAGAAGGAUUCAUUGAAAUUAGAGAGUAAUUUAGACAUAGUAUUUUAAAGGAAGUGAUGUGAAAAGGGGAACUGGAAAGAAUGCAAUUAGAAAGAUCUUUGGAAUAGAUGAAGGUAGUAAACAUGAAUAUGACAUUUAUGAGAAGUAAUAACUAGAUGCAUUUAAGAAAGAGAUUGAAGAAGAGAGGGAUCUACUCACAGAUGAAAUAAUAUUGAGAUUCUUAUAUGCUAAUCAUUUUGAUUUCCCUUAAGCAAUUAAAGUAAGUAUUUAAGUACUUAUACAUAGCACAUGCGAAAUCAUCAAUAAUGGCUUUCAGACCCAAACAAUUUCAAGUGGUCUCUCAACACUGAGGAAAUGAUAGUAUUUUCUAUUUAAUGACUCACUAGAAAUAAGGGGCAAUAUACGUAAGUGGUCGAGGACAAGGUUUCAAGCCAAUAAUAGUGAUAAAUGCGGAUAAGUUCGACAUCACCAUCUAUCCAAUAGAUGACAUAUUGAGAGCAAUUUCGAUCGUACUCAUGGUUGUUAAAGAUUACAUGUUAGUGCCUGGGAAGGUGGAGAGUUGGUUUGUGAUUGUUGAAGCCAAGAACACAACUGCAUUUUCUGUUCCUUUUACUGUAUUCCUCCAUAACAAAUAUGAUAGCAUUUGAACCAGAUUUUCGAUAUGUUAAAGUUGAACUUUCCUUGUUAUUUGGAACGAAUGUUCAUCCUACAACCAUAGACAUCUAUACAAAUUACUUGGUAGAUUGUUGAAUAAUUUAUACCUUACAAUUCGAGACACAAGAUUGAAUUCGUAACGAAUGAUUUUUCAUUGAUGUUCAAUUAUAUCAAACCCAAAUAAUUGGAGUAAAGACAUGGAGGCAGAGCACCAAAUGUAUAUGAUUAUUGGCCACCUCAUGUGGAUGAUUUUAGUGAAGUUGAGUAUUAGAUAAAGGAGUAACAAGAAACCAAAAAAAUCUAAGAGCAAAUCAAUUAACUUCAAAAAGUAAUGCCUUUUACUUCUUCAAUUGAUGUGCAAAUCUCAAAUCUCUUAAGGAAACAAUACAAACCUAAGAAUAAGAUGUACUAAGAAGAGACUCAUCUUGAAACAACUAAUUAUUAUGUGAAUAAAUCCAAUUCCAAAACUGUGUUUUUGAAUGCACCCAAAGUCUAGUAGGUUAUCUCAACACAGCCAAGGAUUCAGGAUCAAUACGAACUACAAUAGAAAUAAAAGCCUUAAGAGGUUAAUGCAUCUUUUGAAUAACAAUUCAAUACUAAUUACUAGGCCUAUCCAUCCCAAACUCAAUUUAAUCCAAAUACUCAAUUAAGCCAACAAAAUUUCAGAUAACCAGUGUUUCAAUCGAGAUUUGUUGGAUCCAAGACCAGAUUAAAUGAAACUUAGAAUUCGUAAAUGCUUGGAUCCCAAAAUUCCAAUUUCUAAUCCAGAUUUGUAGGCCCUAAGACUCAACAUCUCUUAAUCAAAUAAGAUGUUAGUAUAAUAGCCAACAGAGAGGAACUUAUAUCCCCUUAACAUUCAUAAAUAAUGUGA